GUUUCUUGCGUUUCGGAAAAGAAAUUAAGGUGCUCUAUGAUGAAAGAGCGCUAUUUAAAGGAGCUGAGAGAGAGAGAGAGAGAGAGAGAAAGAGAGGGAGAUGAGGGGAGUCACUCUUUCUCUUUCUUUUGCACAAGCACUACCACAUCUCCUCUCUUUUAAUUUCUAGCUCGAAAUGACGGGAAAUCCUUCCGAGCCAGUUGGAAAUUUCACAAUAGAUGAUGAUGUGAGGAACGAGGAAGUUGGCAAACCACAAGUACUAGUUGACAAACGGGAGACCGCAUAUGCAGUUAGAAGGAAGCAAUCUCUCAGAGCGCGAUACAUAUUCGGUUUUAUUUUCUUUACAACAAACUUAUUAGCUUGGUUUUUCCGAGACUACGGGUACAAGAUUCUCCAUGGCCUUCGCCAUAUAGCAGUGUGCGGAGAAAAAGGGGAUGAAUGCUUUCAUGCUGGGGGUGUCCUUCGUGUGAGCCUAGGGUGCUUCAUUUUUUUCUCUGUUAUGUUUGCUAGUACAUUUGGAGCUCGUAAGCUGCAUGAAGUUCGUGAUUGUUGGCAUUCAAGAUGCUGGAUUUUAAAAUUUCUUCUGUUCCUUGUGUCAAUUGUGAUCUCAUUCAUCAUCCCUAAAACUUUCAUCCAACUCUACGGUGAAGUUGCUCGCAUCGGUGCAGGGAUAUUUCUUCUACUCCAGCUCAUAAGCAUGCUUCAAUUCCUGGCAUGGUGCAAUAGCCAAUGGAUGCCGGAUCCGCAAUCAGGUCGAUGUGGCUUCUUUGGGUUAUUCUUGUCAACUAUUUCCUACAUUGCUUCCUUCAGUGGGAUUGUCCUCAUGUAUAUUAUGUAUGCUCCUCAUUUGUCCUGCAUAAUCAACAUUUUCUCUAUUACAUGGACGGCAAUUUUGGUUAUAAUCAUGAUGAUCGUGUCACUUCACUCGAAGGUUAAUAAUGGCCUCCUAUCUUCUGGGAUUAUGGGCUUAUACAUUGUCUUCCUUUGUUGGUCUGCAAUUGAAAGUGAACCACAGAAUGAAAAAUGCAAAACACCAAAGAAAAUGGCCGAGAAUGGUGAUUGGACAACUAUAGUUUGCUUCCUCAUUGCUCUUUGUGCAAUUGUAAUGGCCACAUUUUCAACUGGAAUCGAUACAAGAUCCUUUCAGUUUGUGAAGGAUGAAGCUCAACUGGAAGAUGAUAUCCCGUACAGAUAUGAGAUAUUUCACUUUGUUUUUUCUAUGGGAGCAAUGUACUUUGCAAUGUUGUUCAUUAGCUGGGAACUUGACCAUCCGACAAGGAAGUGGAGCAUAGAUGUUGGCUGGGCUAGUACAUGGGUAAAGAUCAUCAAUGAAUGGUUGGCUGCAAGCAUUUAUUUGUGGAAAUUGAUCUCUCCUGUUAUAAUGAGGGACAACGCCAUUCAUCACGAAGAAUCCAUGCAGAAUGUUCAUUCGUUGGUAUAAUAUCAAAAUUAACUAAUCUGGCAGAUUAUUCUUUCUACAAUGGUCAAUUUGAUGCUACAGUCACAUUUUAUAUCUUACAAAUUUUAAAGCCCCAUGUAAUUGUGUGAUGCUUCAUCAUAUGAGUAAUUCAUAUAUAUAUAUAUAACAAUUUUUCAUGUAAAACAGUGGAAUAUAUCACUGGCGCAUGCACACUGUUAUAAAAGACGGAUGCACCAUCUUAUUAA